CUACCACUGACCAAGGCGGCCAUUUUGAAAAAGAGUGAUUAGCAAUUCAAUUUUUUAUUUAAACACAGCCCAUUGCCCUCAUUCAGCCAUGUUUUGAACGCUAAUUCUCAGGGGGAAAGCAGUAAAACCUUCAACCGACAAAAAUGGCCUAGCAGUUCAAUGUAUUUCCCGAGAGAACGUGUUGUUUUUGGAUAUGAUAAGCCGUGAAAUCGAUGGAAAGCGAUGAACAAACAGAACAAGCUCGCCAACGUGCUCUUCAUCUUGCUGCUGAAGUAGCGGAAACAGAUGACAGUAAUGUGCCUGUCUUACUGUUACAGUUGAAAGACAUCCUUGAUCUGGCUCCACCUCAGAGCAGCCUGGGAACUAUCAUCAGAAUUGAUUUGUGGACGUAUGAUGUUAUCCAUGUUUGCAAUUUAGCCUUGAAGCAAGACUUUGCCACUGUAGUGGGAGGUUGGAAUACUGCAACUCAGUUGGGGACGAUUUUGUGUCAGAGCUGUGUUGGUCUGAAGCUGCCAGAAGUCAAAGAAUAUGAAGAAUCAUUUCUUCCAGAUGUGGUGGAAAAUGUGUUGACUGUGGCUGCAAAGUUGCUUGACUUCAGUAUCAAAGCUAGAGAUACGGUGGAGAAAAACAAACAUUUUCAGAGCUUCAGGACAACAGUGAACUCACUGGAGUGGCUUUACAGCUUCCAUGUGUUCCUGACUUACAGUGUGCUGCAGUCUAAACGGUUUGUACAGAUACUAAUGUCUGAAGAUGUUGAAGCAUCACUGUUUAUUUUGUUGAUCCUGGAGAAUAUCUUCAAAACAAACAGAUCCAUAAUGGGCAAGUUAGAGACCAAUGUACUGUAUAGCAUUCUUGAUGAAAUUGUUUUCAAGAUAUCAGCAUCAGAGGAAUCAUCAGUUGGACGGGCAUCAAUUCAUCUCAUUCUAACAGCAACCAAUGUUCACCCACCCCUUGUUGAAAUUUUGUUGUCAAAAAGAUACAGGGGUUUGAAGGCUUACCUGGGUAAAUGGAAGGCUCGAGGGUUCGAUAAUGAUGUGAAAAGACUUGUGUCAUUACUGGAGGCUGGUUCCAUUGCUCAGGCAGAACAAUUGAGACUCUCUCGUGCAGCAACAGUCAUUCAAGCAUUUUACCGUGGCUCCAAACAACGACGGAGCCUCAAACAAGCCGAGCUGGGAAUCAUUUUACUUCAGAGAAACUUCAGACAACGCCGCUUGGACAAGGAGCGAUCGAGAGACAAGGAAAAGCGGCAUGAAGAACGCAAACUGGCUAUCGAGCAGAAGCGAAUCAACGAAUUCAGAUCAUCCAUGCAAAAACAGCUCAAGAUGUUAGAGAGCGUGCCUGCCAGAGAAGUAAAUUUGUUUAUGGCGGAGAACCAAGGGAAGGCAGCCAGUAAGAUACAAGCUGUGUUCCGUGGGAUGAUGGGGAGGAGGAAAUAUCGCGAACGAUUCGAUGAAGUGACGCGAGAAAGAGCUGCCGUAACUAUACAGCGCCAGUUCCGCCGAUACCGACAGCGCAUGGCAGAGCGUAACACUCCUUAUCCUGUAGUACCAGGUUUGACUGACGCCAGGAGAGCUGAACUACAGAACAUGAUUGCCGAUCAUCGACAGAAGUAUCCGCCGAAGCACAGAACACAGGAGGAACUCAAAGAGCUCCACGAGAAGGCUUUUUCAAUGCUUGCCAAUCACGUGUUGUCUAACAUGAAGAUAAGAAAGGGUGAACAGAGAAGAGAUGCACUGCUGGCUAGACUGAACGUGGACACAGAUCAGCUGUUAGCUGCUCCAAAACUUCAUGAAGUGGCUCCCGACAUGCUCGACUCCUUCACGUCAAGAUCGGCGCCCGUGAUAGCCAGAGCACAGCAGUGUCAUAAUGAGGAAAUGCGCAGACUCAAACUUCCUUGGUGGAAAAAAAUUAUCGUUGCCAUCACGGCCAUUGCCUGUCCCGUUACCAUUCUGUUAAACCUCUUGGUGAUAAUAGCAAUGAAGACGAGAAGAGAAAUGAAAAAGAAUUCAAACAUCUUGCUGUCUAGCGUGGCCUUAACUGAUCUUUUGGUGGGCGCUGUUUCUAUGCCACUGUCUAUCUCGUUAGACACGUUAGUUAUCCAGAGAGUUUUAGAUGUGGAUAUUAUCUGUACAAUAGAUGUUGUAAGUGUCUCUUUAAUGUACACUAUUUGCGGUGCGUCAUUUUUACAUUUGCUCUUAAUUGCUUGGGAAAGGUAUGUGGCAGUAGCGAAAUGGAUGGAUUACAAAGCUAUUGUGACAAGAGACCGUAUAAACAAGUACACGAGAGUUGCUUGGCUGUUGGCAGUACUAUUGGCUGUUCCACCUGCAGUAAUGGAAUCCGCUAGCGUUCUUCAUGAAAUUAUAUUAGUCGUAGAUGUAAUUUUGAGCAUUUUCUGGUUUGUCUGCUUAUCACUUAUAGCAUAUUUUUAUGUCAAGGCUUAUCUCGCCGUGCGAAAAUGGAACCGAACGCGAAUCCUCCCAGUAAAUGUUCUGGUCAAAGGGAAGCUUGAAAGCAAGUUUGCUUACACGACUUUCUGGUUAACGGUUUUCUUUGCAGUGUCGGGUUUUCCGAGCGUCGGCGUUUAUCUUUUUCGGGGAGUUGCGCCUUUUUUCCGCCAGGUUUCCACUGUACGAUGGGCAGAAACAAUACUUCAGUUUAACUCUCUUUUCAAUCCACUAUUGUACUGGUAUAGCACGAAACGCUUAAGAAAAGCUACGUUGGAGCUGUUAUGUUGCAGAAACAGGACAACAGAGCGCACUGCGAGCCAUGUAAGGCAACGUCGCUAUUCCGUGGCAUCGCUAGAUGCCGAAAAGUUGCAAAGCGAGCAAAAGCGCCCCCGAUUUUUCAGGUCAAAAUCUCUCGGUGCAGUGAUGUGCUCAGACACCUUUCGACAGAGGUCGAGCAAAGCAGUAAAGGAAAGACUGCCCGUGUCAGCUCCAUCGAGGGUAGCAAGCGACGAGAUAUUUGCGCCACAGCACGACCAACUAACUGUAACAGUCCAGAUUGAAAAUGCUCCAGGAGGGAAAGGCAGUCUGCGCAAAAUUGAAUUACCGAAAAACACCACGGAGCUUGGAAGAUCUCAGGGUCCUAUCGGUUGGAAAAUUGUGCGAUCAAGGUCACUGCAUGAAAACCCUUUCGUGUCACUAACUAAAUGUCAUCAUAUUGCGAAACAGAGGAAUGCCCAGAGAUCCAGAUCAGUGCCGAUAAUGUUGAAAACCUUACACGAACCGAAGGACAGAACAACUGUUGUAACUGUUGAUGAGUUGACCAAUGAUAAAGGACUUUCGUGUAAUCGUUACGAGGAAACGAAACUAUAA